AUGUCUACUUCUUGCGAGAACUACGGGACCCCUAACGGCACAGCGUGUGCCUGCCCUCCUGGCUUCGGCGGUUCGACGUGCGCCCAACCCGCCUGCGGCGGGACCAUCUUCCAGGGCUCGGCGCGCUCCUUGGCCAACGGAUCUCCUUUUGCAAACCUGACGUCCUCGGGUUGCUCCUGCGAGGACGGCUGGACGGGAACGGGAUGUAACGUCUGUCAAACGGCCAAGGCGUGCCAGUCCGGCUUCGCAAGCGUCGCCGGUACCUCUGGAUCUUUGACCGGGGCCAGCACCGGACAGAACAAUACCAUUGUGUGCAACGACGUGCCAAGAGUUUAUGCUGCAGGAGAGAUGAGCUGCGACGUACAGAACCCUACCCUCCAGUCUUUAUUUCCCGGCUCAUCCACACUCACUGUCCUACGCAACCUCAAUUCCUCUUUCACUCCACUUCCCAACACCACCGCCUUCGGACCCAGCGGCUCCGUGUAUGCCCAACUCUUCUACGAGGGUGUGGAGCAGUUUUUCUGUGCUGCCGACACGUGCGCACAGGACCUCGGCACGGGCGAUGGUAGCGCUAAUUGGAACUGCCAGAACCUCAAGUGCACAUGUAUUCCUAACACCGCCUUCUGCGGCGCGGUGCAGCUCACGAACCUCACGAGCAUUAUUGACACUCUUAGCGGCACCCUCGGCAUUUCCUGCGACGCCCCCUCGGCUGACAACAACACGGCGAACUGUGCAUUCAAGCAGGACACCAUUCAGCAGGUGUUCGGCUCCGCAGGGCUCUCGCUCAGCGGUUGCGCCUUCGGCGAGUGCAUCGCGCAGAACGUUAUCGACACCCUCUCCGGCAACACUACCGCUAGCAACGGCGCGAGUAGCGGUGGCUCCUCUCUGAGCGGUGGUGUCAUCGCUGGCCUCGCGGUCGUGGGCGGCCUCAUCGGCAUCGCACUGCUCCUCUUAAGCCUUGGCUGGCUCUCACAGCGCCGUGCGCGCAAGAGCACGAGCGGCUUGCGCUCUUCGGGUGGGGUCAUCGUGGAAUGGACCGAUAUCAGCUACUUCGUCCCCCAGCCCACUUCCGGCUUCUCGCUCCGUCGCCGUCGUCGUGCAGGCCUCGACCACCAGAAGGUCGUGCUCGAUAACGUCAGCGGGCGCGUCGUGCCGGGAGAGAUGAUGGCCAUUUUCGGCCCUAGUGGUGCGGGGAAGACGACGCUGAUCGAGAUCCUCGCGCAGAAGCACAAGUCUGGUGAGGUACUCGGGAGCGUCUCGUUCCCUGGGACCGGGAGCAGUCAACCACGCGUUGGCUUUGCUCCGCAGCAGGAUGUCCUACCUCCUAUGCUAACGGUUCACGAGGCCCUGCUGUUCGCCGCACGACUGCGCUUGCCUGAAGGCGUGCCAGACUCGGAGAAGCAGGCGCGCGUCGACGACAUCUUGGACCGCCUCGGGAUCAGCCAUAUACGCAAUGUCCGUAUCGGAGACGGGGAGAAACGGGGCAUUAGCGGAGGGGAGAUGCGUCGAGUCAGCAUCGGGCUGGAGCUUGUAGCGAAGCCUGACGUUUUGCUUCUCGAUGAACCUACUUCGGGCCUAGACUCUGUCUCCGCUGCGAAGGUGGCCAAAGUCCUGCACGCGCUCGCACACGACCCAGAGAACCCCACCGCGGUCAUCGCGUCCAUCCACCAACCUAGUUCGCAACUCUACCACUCUUUCGACCAGAUCCUGCUGCUCUCACAUGGGCGCGCGCUCUACUCGGGUCCAGGCGGGUCCGCUCCCGCGCAGCACUUCUCUGCACAAGGCGUGGCAUACAAGGAAGGCUACAACGUGGCCGAUUAUCUUCUAGACAUCGCGAGCGAUCCGCCCGUGGGGCUGUUUCAGCUCUCGAAUGGUACGACCAAGAGCGAACCGCCGGACGUCGGCACGUCUGGGUCUUCUGACGAGGUCGAGAAGGGUCUUGUGGGUGGCACUGUGAACGUCAAUGGUGUGGUGAGCCAGCGAAAGCCGAAGCGGCGGUCGUGGUUCGCGGGGACCUCGUAUACCGCGACAUUCUUGACACAAUUGGAGGUACUCUCCGGCAGGGAGUGGAAGAUCCUGCGGAGGGACAAGACGCUCUUUUUCUUGCAUGUCGCCGUCGCGUCGGUACUGGGUGUUUUCUGCGGUGGACUCUACUUCAACACUGGCAUCACUAUCUCGGGCUUCCAGUCACGAGUAGGAUGCCUAUUCUUCUUGGGCGCGCUCAUUGCGUUUUCGUCUCUGAGCGCUCUAUACAAUGUCGUAGAGAUCCGUCCUCUAUUCCUCCGGGAACGAUCAGGAGCAUACUAUAGUCCCACAGCCUGGCUCCUAUCUCGGUUCGUUUUCGACGUCGUCCCUCUCCGUAUCAUACCCACCAUCAUUGUAUCUACCAUCACGUAUUGGAUGGCGGGCCUUGCGGAUGAUGCGGCACAUUUUUUCAAGUUCCUUUUCAUCUUAGUUCUGUACACGUUAGCCAUGACCCUCUUCAACUUCCUACUCGCCUGCCUGUUCCGCAACGGUGGCAUCGCCAUUCUCAUCUCCGCACUGACAGCACUGUACCAAAUGACGUAUGCCGGGUUCUUUGUGCACCUCAACGACAUACCUCCCGUAUUACGUUGGCUGCAGUGGCUUUGCCCUCUGAAGUACAAUCUAGAAGCACUCUCCGUCAACGAGGUCGGCUCUGGGCUGAUGAUCGAGGAUUCGCUCGAGGGUGUCCCGGUCAACGUCUCGGCGUCGCUCAUUAUGCAGACUUUAUUCGGCUUCGGGGAGAAUAACUACUACCGAGACGUGCUUGUGCUGUUCGCUUUCAUCGCAGGCUUCGGGCUGGGAGUCGUAUUUGUGGUGUGGGCGAGGGUCCGUGAGCGCCGGUAG